AUGGCACUAGAGGGAAUUCUUUCGGGUGUUGGAGUGGAGAUCUUGAAGAAGCUUAGCUCUCAUGCUUUAGAAUGCCUUGGAAUGGUAUGUGGUCUUAAUGAUGAUCUUAACAAACUAAGGAGCAAUGUUUCGUCCAUUCAAUCUGUACUUCGUGAUGCAGAGCAACGUCAAAUCAAAGGCAAUGAUCAUUCUUUAACCGAUUGGCUCGAAAAGUUGGGAGACGUUUUUUACGAUGUUGAGGACGUUCUUGAUGAAAUCUCUACUGAGGCUCUCCGUCGAGAAGUGAUGACAAGAGGAAAAAAUGCAAAGCAGGUUAGAAUCUUCUUCUCCAAUUCUAACCAACUUGCAUUUAACUAUAGGAUGGCAUGUCAAGUCAAGAAAAUUAAUGAGAGGCUUGAUGUUAUUUCCCAAGAAAAAGAUAAGUUUCAGCUCAAUGGAAUUGCUUAUCUUGGGAUACAAAAUGUUUUAUCUUAUCCAAUUGGGAUGGAAAGGGAUACUCACUCAUCUUUAAGUGGGGAUCAGAAAAUAAUUGGAAGGGAUGAUGAAAUGAACAACCUUAAAAAAAAUUUACUAGCAGAGGAUGACAAGGUGAAAGCUAACGUUUCAUUCAUCGCUAUUGUUGGAAUGGGUGGAAUUGGCAAGACAACUUUGGCCAAAUCUCUCUACAAUGACAAACAAGUCUCUGAUGGUUUUAGUUCAAGAAUUUGGAUUUGGGUUUCUAAUCAAUUUGACACAAAAACAAUAUUGAAAAAGAUAAUUGAAUCAGCAACCGAAAAGAAACCAAAGGUAGAAGAAAUGGAACCUUUAAAGACAAAGCUUGAAGAAGUGAUUGGAGGAAAGAAGUAUUUGUUAGUUAUGGAUGAUGUAUGGAAUGAAAAUGAAAAUGAAUGGGAGAAUUUGAAAAACCUGUUAAUGCUUGGUGCAAGAGGGAGUAAGGUUUUGAUCACAAAGCGUGACAGUAAAGCAGUUCCAGGAGUCGAAACAAUUCCUCUAAAAGACUUAACUGAAGAUUUUUCUUGGUUGUUGUUUAAAGAAGUGGCAUUUAAAGAAAGUGACUUAGAGUCAAUAAAUCAAAACUUGAUAAAAAUGGGAAAAGAAAUUUCAAAAAGAUGUGGAGGUAUUCCUCUUGUAAUAAGACACAUAGGACGUUUAUUAUAUGGAAAAACUUCCGCAGAAGAUUGGGAGUUCAUCAAAGAAAAUGAACUUUUAAAUGUCACUCGUGAAAAAAAUAAUAAUGAUGGUCAUGUGAUAUCAACAUUAAAAUUGAGCUAUAACCAUUUGUCACCAAAUUUGAAGCAAUGUUUUUCCUAUUCAUCCUUGUUUCCCAAAGGAUACAAAAUUAGAAUGAAUGAAUUGAUUAGACAAUGGAUAGCUCAAGGUUUUAUCGAAUCAUCAAAUGGAGGAAAAUCUGUAGAGAAUAUUGGGAAGGAGUACUUGGAUGAAUUAUGUUGGAGGUUUUUCUAUGAAAUUUCUAUUGAGGAUGUUCCUUUUGAAGAAGUUGGCAUGCAUGAUUUGAUGUGUGAUCUUGCAAGAGAGGUAGCUGGACAGAAAUUGUACAUACGUGGAUAUCCAGAGAGUGGAUAUGUUGUGAGUGAACAAACUCGUCAUAUUUCAUUUGAAUAUGAACCACGAUCAUGGAUUGAUGAUGUGUCCAAAUUGCAACAAGCUAAAGGAUUAAGAACGUUCCUUUUGUUUACGAAAAAUCCUUUCUUUACGAGAAAUCCAAUUGAAAAAGUUCUUUUGGACAGACUGUUUUCUCACUUUCCACGUUUGCGAGUAUUACAAAUCCCUAAUGUGUCAAAGUCAAUAAAAAAGCUUAGACAUCUUCGAUAUCUAGAACUCGGUGAAGAUGCGAAAUCAGUUCCAAACUCCAUCACGAAAUUGCAAAAUUUGCAAACACUAGAUCUAACCAAGUGUUAUGACCUAAAGGAGUUGCCAAGGGAUAUUAACAAUUUUGUAAACCUCAGACAUCUUCUUUGUGAUUCAAGAUUAAUGAAUAUGCUGCAAGGGACGAUGGAGAAGUUGACUAGUCUACAAACAUUAAGUUCAUUUUUGUUUGAUUGUAAAAGGUUUGAUAAGGUAAAGGAAUUCAGUGAGCGGAGUUAUUUUAUAGAAUUUGACUUAAAAAUCAAAGGUUUGGAGCAGUUGAGGUUUUCUCCAUCAGACGUCAAAUCAGUAAAUCUUAAAAACAAAAAAGUCCCACUUUUGAGACUGAAAUGGAAAUUUGAGAAUGGUAAUGAAUAUGAAGGUGAUGCUGAUGAUAUAGUAUUGGAAGGCUUAGAACCACAUCCAUAUGUUAAUCUCUUGCAAAUUGAAGGGUAUUGUGGAGUAGGAUUACCCAAUUGGGUGUCCACCUCAAUUUUGUUAAGGGGAAUUCGAAUUGGUAAUUGUGAUAGAUUACAUCUGAAUCAACUCUCCCAUCUUCAUGCUCUUGAAAUUCUAAAUUUAGAGGGUUUAAAAUCUGUCAUGAGUAUAUCGGAAUGGAUUGGCACCCUUACUUCUCUUGUAUCUUUGGAAAUAGAAGAAUGUCCAAAAUUAAAAUCACUUCCAAAGGAAAUGCAACAGCUCAAAUCUUUGGUGCAACUUAACAUAAUCAAGUGCCCACAACUUGGGGAGAGAUGCAAGGAGGGAGGAGAGGAUUGGCCUAACAUUUCCCAUAUUCCUGACGUUCUUAUUGAUUGA